GCUGGUCACUGGCAGCGCCGCCGACGGUUCGAUUUGCCUUACUAUUACCUAUUCACAUUUUGCUCCUUCUCUUCGCAUACAUCCGCCAUGGACACAGUCGUCAGCUCCACCAUCUCGGAGCCUUUAGAUCUCGUUAAACUCGCUCUUGGAGAACGAGUUUUGAUCAAGCUCAGAGGCGACAGAAUCGUCACGGGAGUCCUUCACGCCCACGAUCCUCACAUGAAUGUUGUCGUGUCGCAAGCGGAAGAGUCCAUCUAUAUCGUUGAUGUCACCGAGGACGGACAACCGUUACCACCAAAAUUAGAGAAGCGAAACUUUGAGAUGCUGUUUGUGAGAGGGGAUGGUGUCAUUCUUCUUUCACCAGUCGAACAGUAAUGCGACAGUCAAUUAGAACACCAUGCAUUCAUAUCCACCAAAUUGUCCUUGUACGUUGGAAAGUACCGAAUAUGGCUCAAGCUACAUUCGGCAAUUUACGCUCUAUUCUGCAACCGUAGAUCCUGGUAGGUAUAUUUGUUCGCAUGGCUACUCAGUGGGUGAGUGGAUGAUCUCGAAAUGACUGAACAGAUACAUGACUGUCGCGUCAUUGUUCUGAAGAUAUACAUGCUUGGGAAUGUUUUCGGGCAAGUUAGCGUAAAAUUGCCGUUCGUCACACGAGGGGAAGAAGAAGUCGGAGGGUCGACAACAUGGACGAUCGGGCGAGGAUUCGUUGAUAGCUAAAAAGGCUGAAGAUGCAAAUUCAGAAAAUUUGAG